UUUGCAAAAUAGUAUUAAUCCGAACUCGAUAAAAGUACAAGUAAUUUGUACAAGAUCUGGAUUCUUUCUGUCGUCGUCUGUUGGCGCUGAAUGGAACAUGUCUCAACUAGCAGUGUUUGCGUGUGUUUUUCUUAUGUUCGGAGCCUCCUCCACAGCUUCUCCGAAUUUUAUGGACUGCCCUAGGUCAGGCCACUCCGGAAGAAAGCCAGAAUGUCUCGAGAACCUGGAUCUCACCUUUUGGCUCUACCAAGAUCUAGAGAGUUCGGGAACACAGAUCAAAAUCGGUAAUUUGUCGACUUUCGACCCUUCGCUGGACACUCGAAUUUUGGGCUUCAAGGAGCCGAAGGGAAGCUGGCAGGUCAAGCUGAAACAUGAGCUUCUGAAAAGAGAAAAGAUGAAUGUGAUCGUUAUCAUUGAUGCUGCCUAUGAAAACGCUGCUAACGAUGUUAAGUCCUUGCUGAAGAUUUCAAAGACCAGAUCAGUGGGCGUCAUGGUAGGGCAUCUGCUUCAAGACCUUUACGAAAGUGCAGGAGCGUCACCCGAGAAAUUCCAUUUGAUCGCACACAGUCUCGGAUCUCACGUCAUGGGUUAUGCUGGGGUGGAGUUUCGGCGCUUGACUGGUGCCAACGUUGGAAGAAUUACUGGAUUGGAUCCAGCCGGAUCACCUUAUGACUGGUCCAAGAACCUUGAGAUUUUGGCCAAGACCAACGGAGACUUUGUGGACGUCAUUCACACGGAUGCGCCUCCUCUGGGAGGAUUUGGCAUCAGGAGGCCAGUCGGCUCUGCAGACUUCUACGUGAACGGAGCAAAAAAUCAGCCCGGAUGUCCGCCUGCCCCCUUCAACCUCGGUCAUAUCAUUGCAAAUUUAUCAGAAAUGCUGUGCAGCCACCGUCGCUCCGUGACGCUAUUCAUCAACUCUGUGAACAAGUGUCAGUUCCGCCCAGACAAUGGCGCUAUAGCAGGUACUGAUGGCUGUCUGAUGGGAUUCGAUGCUGGACCAGAAUGUCGAGGACAUCUUGAUGUCACCACGACAGACACAGAUCCCUACUGCUGAAAUUAGGCGUAGUGUAUGCAAAAGCACAAGUUCAUCGUGUUAACCCAAAGUUUCCCAUUCGACUGAAUGGCCUUACAGAAGUUGUAUCGUCAAUGUACAAAUUGCUCAGUAUUAAACUAUUUCUACAUU